CCAUUGUAAUAACAUCUUAACUAACUUACUUCCAAAACUGCCAGCUUUGCAUGAAACAGUACUCAUCAAAUCUCUCUCUCUCUCUCUCUCUCUAUCUGACACACACACGCGCGCGCGCGCGCACACACACGCACACACAGACAGAGCAGUAUAGCUAGAGAUGAAAACUGAUGCUGAGUUUUUUGUUUUGUUUGCUCUGUAAAUGCUUCUUCAGGAAAGAGAAACAGUGAACGAAAAAAGUUAGUUUUUCUGAAGCAGCAAUGACUGCAAAAAUACAAAAAAAGCCACAACAGACUCUUCUUUUUGCAGCCACAAUUUCUCCCCCUCUCUCUCUCUCUUUCCUUUUCAAGAAUUGGGUUUUAGUCACUUUUUUCAAAUAUUGAAUUCUCUUGAGCUCUUUUACUGAAGAGAAGUAANUUAUUGAAGAUAAGUAAAAAAAAGAGAAUCUUUCUUUAAACUCAGCAUAUUCAGCACAUAACUAACGGUGGUUUUCUACUGAAAGGGGUUGAAGUUACCAAAUUGGUUUGCUGUUUCCUGUGGCUGAUAUUGAUUGGGGUAGUGGUCUGAGCUGAGCUGACCCCACGUGAGAAUUCUUGCACUAGCUUAAAAAAAAUCAAAUCUUGUUUUUGGAUAUAUACAGUGUUCUUGAACUGUUUCAUUUCCAAUUUUGGCUUUCCCUGAGAGGAUGGCUUCGGGAAUGGAAAUUGAUGAAGAGAAUAAUAAUGAAAGUAAAGGAGGGAUGUGGGAUUUAGAGCAAAAGCUGGAUCAGCCUAUGGAUGAGGAAGCUGGAAGGCUAAGGAAUAUGUAUAGAGAAAAGAAAUUCUCUACAUUGUUGUUAUUGCGGCUUGCUUAUCAGAGUCUUGGGGUGGUGUAUGGGGACCUUGGGACAUCUCCCUUGUAUGUCUACAACAAUACAUUUCCCCAUGGAAUUGAUGAUCCAGAGGAUGUCAUUGGAGCACUUUCAUUAAUUAUAUACUCUCUUACGCUUAUCCCUCUCCUCAAGUAUGUUUUCAUUGUAUGUAGAGCAAACGACAAUGGCCAAGGUAAGCUGAUUUUGCACAAAUCUCACUCGUAUGAUUAAUUUAGUCAUGCCUCG